UUUAUCGUGCGGAUUUCAGUCCGCCGGAAGUGAUGACGAAUGACGACUUCCCUGCUGGUGUGACGAUGGUGACGAUAACGUGGUAGUAGUGGAGAACGCAUGGUACCAUUACAUUCGAGUGCAGUCGAGUGUUGCAUUGUGCUUAAGUACGCGCGUACUCACAUACACGCGCACGUGCUGACCUAGAGGAAGCGAAAGGAGAGAAGGAAGGAGAGGAUGUCGACUCGCCGCCGGGCGACCGCAACCGCAUCGUGCGGUGAAAUACAGCGUCCUGUUUUCAGUUAACGGCCAAUAGCUCUUUGAAAGUUUCGCCUUAUCGACGAUGAACUGGAAUGGUUGAUCGGAUCAUGCAAAGCAACGAGAGAUCAUGCUUUGUGUGUGUUGUUUCCUCAUUGGGGUAGUUCCGCGGUGCAGUCACGACUAUGCAGCUGAAGAAAGCGAUGCUUAAGAUAUUUGAUCAAUGCCUGCACUUACGGAGCAUCGAGGAACCGAGGAUGACGGCGGAGACGGCGGGUCCUUGCGUACAAGGAAUACAGGGCGUCCAGAGCGGCGUAGCGAGUCAAAGUAUGCUGCAACAGGUGCAGGAUGGAAACAGUGGCAGCGGUGGCGGCGGCGUUUAUUAUUCCUCAACAUCGACUUGGACAGCGUACGAUCCAGAAUACGCCCGUAUGGAGGCUUGGCUUGACGAGCAUCCCGAUUUCGUUAACGAUUACUUUCUCAGGAAAGUGACACGGCAGACCGUCGACAUGUGGCUGGUAUCACAUGCAACGCCAACCUCAUCAUCGAGUAGUUGCGUAGAGCUUUCGAAUCCAAUCCAUGCCGCGGCCGGCAACUCGUCCUCCGGACGAGGUGGUACCGGUGGCUCGGGAGCUACGACACCGGUACGCAAAAUCUCGGCACACGAGUUCGAGCGUGGAGGCCUUCUAAAGCCGAUUGUCAACACAAUUGAUGGGACGCCAACCUUCUUGAGCGUAUCGAUGAGUGACGCGAGUCAACCGGGUGGGCCACAGGUCGGAUCCGGUAAUUCCAACCGCCCGCAAAGACGAUCGCGUCACGAGCUUAGGCACCUUGACGAGAAAGAUCUUAUUUUCGAGCUGGUCAAAGACAUCUGCAAUGAAUUGGAUGUGAGAUCAUUGUGUCACAAGAUCCUGCAGAAUGUGAGCACACUCCUUCACGCCGAUCGCGGCUCGCUAUUCCUUGUCCAAGGAGAGAGAAGCGGCACCGCCAUUGCCGCUGCUGCUGCUGCUGCCGUUAUCACCACUAAUGUGCCACCUUUUCUAAAUCAUGAGGCCGCCGCGAGCAAUUUCAACAACGAAAAUAACCUACAGCGUAACGAUCAAUCCUAUUUGAGGAGCAGAUAUCUGGUGUCAAAAUUAUUCGAUGUCUGUUCAAGAUCGACAUUGAUAGAGAUGGAAAAGAAAGAUGAAAUAAAAAUUCCCUGGGGUACCGGAAUCGUUGGAUACGUCGCUGAAAGUGGGGAACCCGUCAACAUACCAGAUGCUUACAAGGAUUCGAGAUUUAAUCGCGAAAUUGACGCUUUAACGGGAUACCGCACGCGUGCCUUACUGUGCAUGCCUAUUAAAGAUUGCAAUGGUGAUGUAAUCGGAGUGGCACAGGUGAUCAACAAGCUUGGCGGCGAAGGACAAUUUACUGCGCAAGAUGAAAAGGUUUUCGCUGGUUAUUUACAGUUCUGUGGUAUCGGUUUAAGAAAUGCUCAGCUUUACGAAAAGAGCCAAUUAGAAGUGAAAAGAAAUCAGGUUUUAUUGGAUUUGGCUAGAAUGAUUUUCGAGGAACAAAGUACGAUAGAGCACAUGGUUUUUAGAAUUCUCACGCAUACGCAAUCAUUGAUUCAAUGCCAACGUGUUCAGGUGUUGCUCGUGCACAAAGCUUCAAAGGGAAGUUUCUCGCGCGUUUUUGAUUUCGAAGCGAAUGAUCUCGCUGGCGAAGAUUCUGAUUCUCGCACUAGUCCUUUCGAGAGUAGAUUUCCUAUUAAUGUUGGUAUUACGGGUUAUGUAGCAACUACCGGUGAAACUGUCAAUAUAUUGAAUGCUUACGAAGAUCCAAGAUUCGAUCCACUAGUGGACGAUGGCACCGGUUUUAGGCAUCGAACAAUUCUUUGUAUGGCCAUCAAGAAUUCAUCCGGUCAAAUAAUAGGCGUUAUUCAACUAAUCAAUAAAUUUGACGAUCUUCCUUUUACACAGAACGAUGAAAAUUUUGUUGAAGCGUUUGCGAUCUUCUGCGGAAUGGGAAUUCAUAAUACGCACAUGUAUGAAAAGGCUGUAAUAGCGAUGGCAAAACAAAGCGUCACUUUAGAAGUACUGAGUUACCAUGCAUCAGCAUCAUUGGAGGACGCGCAAAGAUUAAAGAGUUUAAGAGUUCCAUCAUCAGUGCAUUUUCAAUUGCACGAUUUCAAAUUUGACGAUAUACAUAUGGAAGAUGGCGACACUCUUACUGCGUGUCUCAGAAUGUUUCUCGAUUUGGACUUUGUUGAACGAUUUCACAUCGAUUAUGACGUACUUUGUCGUUGGUUGUUGAGCGUAAAGAAAAACUAUCGGAACGUUACAUAUCAUAAUUGGCGGCAUGCUUUUAACGUAGCCCAAAUGAUGUUUGCUAUUUUAACGGCUACGCAAUGGUGGAAAAUCUUUGGUGAAAUUGAAUGUCUUGCCCUCAUCAUUGCCUGUUUGUGUCAUGAUCUCGAUCAUCGUGGAACAAAUAAUUCUUUUCAAAUUAAAGCUUCAUCACCGUUGGCACAGCUGUAUUCAACUUCGACGAUGGAACAUCAUCACUUUGAUCAGUGUCUAAUGAUUUUGAGCAGCCAAGGCAAUCAAAUCCUAUCAAAUCUUUCACCAGAAGAAUAUUCGCGCGUGGUAAAAGUUCUUGAAGAAGCGAUACUUUCUACUGAUCUGGCAGUUUACUUCAGAAAACGUGGCGCUUUUCUUAAUUUAGCACGCAGUGGUGGCUAUAACUGGGCAUUUGGUGAUCAUCGAGAACUUCUACGCGGGAUGUUGAUGACAGUCUGUGAUUUAGCGGCUAUUACGAAACCAUGGGAGGUUGAAAAGAGGGUAGCCGAACUCGUUAGUAGCGAGUUUUUCGAACAGGGCGACAUAGAAAGGCGAACACUCAAUAUUACACCUAUUGACAUUAUGAAUCGAGAGAAAGAAGAUCAACUACCGAUGAUGCAAGUUGGUUUCAUUGAUUCGAUCUGUCUACCUAUCUAUGAGGCGUUUGCCCAUCUGUCGGACAAACUUGUGCCACUCGUUGACGGAGUUAGUAUAAAUAAACAACAUUGGUUGGAGAUUGCUGAAAGCCAAUGCCAGAUGGAGACCUGCACGAAUCACGAUAGGACACUAUCGAUAUCGGCGUCCGACAAUGAGGAAACCAACGAGCAAGCGGACCAGUAGUCAUUAUGAUGAUGUCAUGGCUAUUAAAAUUCAAUGUAUCAAACAUAGCGACCAUCCGUCAGUUGAUCGAGAAAGAGAUAUGGAAUGUAAUUUUUACUAUCCUUAUAGACCAUUUUCCGUGACUCAUUUUCUUUGUCUCAAUUAUCACGGUUUAUGUUCUGCGUGAAUAUGAGUGGAUAAUCCAUUUGUUUGUAUUGGAUUAUGCGUUAAUUUAUUUCUGUCAAUUUCUACAUAUCUGCUGAUCAAAUAGACGGUAUAUAACUUCCUCAUUGUAACGUAUAUUUUAAUCAAAAUUAUUCUAUAAAUUCGACAUAUAGCAAGUUGAAAAAGCUAAAUCUUAAUGAUCUUGCGAAAUAUGAUGAGAAAGAUCUUUGUUCUCUCUCCCCCCCCUCUUUCUCUCUCUCCCUCUCCCUACCCCUCUUCCUCUCCCUUUCCCUCUCCCUCUCCCUCCCCGCUCUCUCACUGUCUGUCUGUCCGUCUCUCUCCGUUUCUCUGUCUAUUUUAUAUAUUCUGUUUCUCAAUCCUCUUUCGUCUUGUCUGUUUAUUUGUUCAUCCUUUUAGAUACUAAAUGAUAAUCUCCAGAUGCUACUACUGUACCUGAGUGUAUUGUGUGUAU